CGGUUUAUCACUAUGUAAUAAGAGUAGGAACUCCACUCUCUGGGUCAACGGAAAAUGGAGACGGAAAGUGGAUAUUCUAGUUAAAAGAAAUCAGCUUGUAUGGUGAGGCCAUAACUUACUCAGAUCGAGCACAUAUGCGACUCCCACUGUAACUGAAACCACUCAUAGUCCUGAAAGGUAUUGGAGGUUUAUGUCUCUCUAGCAAGCAGACAUGCUACAAAGAGCUUCACAAGGGAAAAACCUCACAACACUAAUUGGGUUGAUAGCCCCAUUGUUUGUUUGUGAUCUAUGAUGCCUCAUUCAUCACACAGUCACUUAUUGAUACCCACAUAAUCAUGAACAUGGCUUUAUAGCUUAAUCGAGGGAAGCAAUUCUCACUAAACAGGAUUAUUGAGCUUGAAUUUGUAGAUUGUCACAAAUUUUAAGCUUGCUUCUGAGCUGAAUGAGAUCAUAUUCCAAAUCUGCUUCAUACAUCAACCAUGUCUCUUUGCUGUCAUACUGCUUCAAGAACAUCAUUUUACAGAAAAAUUCAUGUUGCUGUCAAAUCAAUAAAUGUUUUGCUAUUGAAAAAUUCAUAUACAGACUAUCCACAGCAUGCCAACCCUAUGAAAUAUGGUGGCAACUAGACCUGUGGGCGGUUCGAGUGUAAAUCGGAAGGAUGUAUAACGCUGUUGAAAUCAGAAAGGAGUUGUCUAAACGGGACUAGGCAGAUGGGUCAGUUUUAAGCUUAACUUAAACUGACGGCGGUCCAGAUGACGAAACGCCUGACGCGUCGACUACCCACGGACCAAACCUACCUUAAUUUACCUCGUAGUUGCCUCGAGGGGCAAGUGUAUUUACAACUGAAGAAGCGAAACGCCAAAAUAGCCUAAAAAGGUAUAAAUAAGGAUGGUACAAAGAUGCAAUUGCUAGUGAUUUAAUUCAGCUUCAUCACAUCUCACAUCAUUAGGACAGUCAUUAAUCCCAUUGCCAUGUAGAAGGGCUUCGUCAAUGAUGCGUGAACACUUCUCAUUUUCAUGAUAUAAACCUUCAAGAGGGUUGCAAGCAAGGAUUUAGCUGUACAGCUUUAGCAAUCAUAUAUUGGAGAGGGUAACCUUGAUUUCCUGCUCUGGACUAUUGGAUAUGCCUGGCAAUUACCCCAAAUCUACUUCCCGACAAACUGGCUGGUUGGAUUGCUGCUGCUUUGAUAUGCAAUACUGCGCCAGAGUUUGUGAUCCAGUAAUUUACCUUUUAUACACUAGAACUCAUGUUUUCAAAGUGUUGCACUAUAUUUAAUUCUUUGGUGAGAAGGAGUUUUGCUCCUCCACUCUCUCCAGAUAAAGACGUCAACGCAGCAAGAGCUAGUAAUCUACAUAACAAUUCUUCCAUGACUUAACUUUCCCUUCUUCUUCACGCAAUACCUCUACGUCUUUUUGGUAACCAAUAUAAAAGGAUCGUCAUUUCCAGCGUCGGCUCACGAACCAAUCCCCCACCCCACCGCAAUGGCGGAGCCUCAUGUCACCUCUGCCCUAGCUAAUAUUGAAGCAACGACAAAUCAACAGCAUAAGCCACAGCUUUACAAUGAACUCCUCUCCAAAAUAAUAUCAUCCCCAUCUUCUCCGAACAUUGAACCCAACCUCGUCGCUUUCCUAAACUCCAUCCUCGGCGACACCGUCGGAAUCGUUGCUGCCCGACCCCUCCUUGAUAACUUCAUCAACUCUCUCCGAAAGCUACCAGCCAAGGUCAUAAUCGCGGUUGGGCAAAAUGCGCUAUCCGAGAUACAAUCCCACUCAACCUCUGCUGAAGCACAGGAUGCAGUUCUGAGGGAAAUUCUUGCAGACGCGUAUGAGGCAGAAGAGGAUUUUACACAAGCAGCCAGAGUCUUACAGGCAAUCCGUUUCGACAGUUCCCAGCACCUCAUGUCCGACGAUGCGAAGGUGCGCAUAUGGAUUCGUAUCGUACGACUAUAUCUAGAAGACGACGAUACGACAAAUGCAGAGAGCUUCUUAAACAGAGUCAAGAACAUGCCUACCAAAAUCGAAGACCCGGAGCUGAAACUUCACUUCCAGCUCUCCCAGGCGCGCAUUUCAGAUUUUAACCGCCGAUUCCUCGAUGCAAGCCAGCAAUAUCUCAAUGUGAGUUUAUCCGGGGAAAUUGAGGAAGAAGACCGUCUCCAAGCUCUUUCUGCCGCCAUUAUAUGCGCCGUUCUCGGACCAGCUGGUCCCCAACGUUCCCGCACUUUAUCCCGUUUAUACAAGGACGACCGAUCAUCUUCUCUCGGAAUAUACAAUAUAUUGGAGAAGAUAUUUAUGGACAGGCUGCUCACAGCUGGGGAGGUGAAGGCAUUCGCGGAGAAGCUAGUCCCUCACCAACUCGCUAUAACGGCAGAUGGAUCCACCGUGCUUGGUCGAGCUGUCAUCGAACAUAACCUCCUCGCUGCCAGUCGACUGUAUGAAAAUAUACACGUGGAGGAAUUAGGAAACAUUCUCGGGCUCGAGGCUAGCGGGGAUUUGAGCGCUGGAGAGAGGGCAGAGGCAUAUGCUGCACGCAUGCUUGAGCAAGGCAGAUUAAAAGGUAGUAUCGAUCAGAUUAAAGGUGUGAUUUAUUUCGAGUCAGGAAUCCCCGGUGUUGGCCCCGGGGCAGAGUCGGCGGGACGUAGUUUAAGAGUCUGGGAUGCUGGCGUCCAAAAUUUGGCUGAGGAGGUGGAAAGGGUGGCAGCUGCCAUUAUAGAUCAGUUUCCGGACUUCGCCGAAGCGCAAAUGGUACAUUAGGGAGCUGGACUAGUAAGCGUCCGUGAAGUGCGCGGACUUGGGAAUGUGGAGGUGUCAGUUCUCUGUUUUACCAGCUCAAUACAUCGCUACCACCUGCCUGGCCAGAUUCCAUCACUGCAUAUGGCAAAAGGGUUAUUCCAAGUUUAGAUGAGAUGAGAUCACACGAAAUUUUUGAUGAAUAUAUGAAACGCACGAAGGAAGAUCCUUCCGUGUCCGUUUAGUCACAUAACAGAACCUGUUCCCCCUAGCUAUAUGGAGACUUUUCUUCUGGCGGAGCCAUGUCCGUACGUUUUUUCCCCAAUUCCCCUCAAGCGCAACAUAAAAUAUGCAUAUCAAAGAGGGAAAUACAAGGAAACAAAAGGAAGCACUCAAAGGAAAAAAGUAAAUACCCCCCAACAAAACAAACGGCACCUCAUCUAUCCUUCCGUUUUACCCCAAUGAAAAAAAAAAAAAAAAAAAAAAAAAAAG